AUGGAUGUAUCCUUCGACCCAGUUCGGUGCGCCGAGUUUCAUAACCAACUUCUCGCAAAAGCAAUCUCAAGAAUCCCCGACGCAGCCAAAGAAGUCAAACGUGACGUCUUGACGAGAUGGCGCGAAUUACCACUAGAGAAACGGCCAUUCGACAUCCCUGAAGAGGAGCCGCUCUACACAUUUCUGUCGUUGAUCGAUAGCUACAAAUCCAAUGAUCUCCCAUUCACAGCUGAGUUCUGCCAGCCCGACCCGUGGUGGUUUGACGACAGCUUUCAAGAGUUGGAUGACCGGCGUAUUAUUCUGCUGUACGGGGACGAGACCAACACACCAAAACUGGAAGGCGGUCUUUACUUCAACCUUGAUACCAGCUUGGUCUACUGGGCUCGCCUCCGCGGCUGCGGUGGAUUUCCGCCCGAUGAGCAAUGGGUCCCGCUCGAGCUAGCUCUUCGAAAGUCUUUGGGCAUGUAG